UGGUCACUCGCUCUGGCUGCUCCAGAGGCCCCCACGCCUGGGCCCAGCUCUGAGGGCCUGGCUGGGCCGGCUUCUGGAGGCCCCACUCUGCCUGGGGCCCAGUGUGUACUCAUGAGCAGCUCUCCUGCUGCCAAGAUGCCGCUGCCACGGACAGUGACCUCUGCACCAGAGCUGCACCGUGCCAAGGAGCCCAUGGAGCCGCCGACCGCAGCACAGAGCACUCGGCGGACCAGCGGCGGGGAUGAGCCAGGCCCCCGCUGGGAGGGCCUGAGGUCCGGCCUGGGCACAUUCCGACGGGCCUUCCACCGGUCAAGCCAACGGGCCUCAGGCCAGACUCCCAAGGACGACCCCGGCUUGCUCCGGCGCGGAUCCCACUUCCUGCUCCGGUCCCUACGGCGCACCCUGGACAGCAGCGCUGCUGCUGACCAGCCCCAGGCUCCUGCUGUGCUAGGGGUGGCCCAGGGCCUGGAGGCACCCUCGGGGGUCAUAGGUGGUGCCGACCAGAAGACAUGCACUUGGGUGGGGCCUGAGGAAUUGGAACCUGGGGCAGGCAAAUCUGUGGCUGACCUCAUCACAGAGCGGCGACUGCUGGCAGCCUUCCAACAGUUGAGGCACCUGGAGACACAACUAGUGGCUGAGAAAGCCUCCGGCACCUUCAAGCAGAACCCCACAGCCUUUGCGCGCCGCGCUAUGGAUGUGUGCCUGCACUACGAUGGUUUGGCUGCAGAGAUCAGUGCCAUCGUGCGCGAGACGCUGAGCCCGGACGGCGUGGAUGCGGCCACACUGGCAGAGCUGGCAGAUGUGGUGCACGCGGAGGAGGAGGCCCACCAGGCGCCCCCAACCGAUGGCGACUUCUUGACCACGCCACGCCAUUGGCGCCAGCACUGGGAGGAUGCUGUGCGGCAGAGUGUGCAGGAGCGCGUGCAGCAGGCCGGCACCGGGGAGGCCCUGGGGGCAGUCAAGGGGGCAUCGGACCUGGCCCAGCUUCUAACCAAGCUUGGCUGCUUGGUUCGCCACGACCUGCAGAAGGUGCAGCUGCAGGUGCAGCCCGCUUAUGCGGCCUCUGGCUUCCCGGCGUGGGAGGUCUACCUGCAUGCCUUUCACGGUGCAGUGGCCCAGCGCCUCCAGGAGCUUGCAUACAACGCCUGUGGCAGUGAGCAGCUCUAUGUCCUGCUGGACUGGGCCGCCAACGUCUACAGCAGCCCUGAGUUCCUGGGCGCACUGGACUUGGGUCUGCCCACAGAGCCGUUGCCCCCACUCCUAGCACCCGACUUGUGGGCGCAACUCGAGAGAGACUACACCAGCUUCCUAGAGACCAAGAUCAUGAACUGCUUCGACUGCAUCCUGCAGCUGGAGCAGAGUUGCUGGGCAGCCGCCGAGGCCCCGGACAUUCUGCAGGGCCGCUACCACACGCCGCUGUGCAUCGACGUCCACACGCUUGUGGCACAGCACGUGAAGGCGGCCGGGGCGGUCUCCGCAGAGCUGAAGGCCACCACCCUGCAGAUCUGUGCGCGGGCGCUCCGCCUCUUCCUGCCCAGAUUUGAAAAGGCUUUUCUGGAGUCAAAGGCGGUGAACGAGCCGCAACUGGGCGCCAACAUCAACGCCUGUGAGGAGCUCAGGACUAGUCUUCUGUCCAAGUUUCCGGGAAUGUUAGAGGAACUGGAGAAGCCUCUGGUGGCUGCUGCUAGCACCUUCCAGAAGCAGCUGCUCCAGGGCUUACAGCGUGAUGUGCAACCAUAUUUCAGGGUCCUGUGCACCAAGGCCUGGCUGACCCAGGACAUGCUGCAGCCCCUCAUGGACGAGGUGGUAGCCUUUGCCCAGCACCUCAAGCACGUGGCCCCACCAUGGGCACAGGAGACUCUGCAGGAGGCACACCGGUAUGUGGUCCGUGAGUACCUGGCCCAGGUGCUGAAGCGGCCCAAGCAGUUUCAGGGUGUUGAUCGCAUCACUGGUUCCCAGAAGAUGAACCUCGACGCCCAGGCCAUUUGUGACACCUUCCAGGGCUUGGGCUCUGAGGCCACAUGGCUGGGCCAAGCUAUCCCGUGCAUGGCUGACAUACUGGGCGAGACUGACAAAGAUGACAUCCAGCGGCAUCUGGAAACGCUCAUCCGGAGCUACCCAGACAUUAGGAGCGACCACGUGCUGGCCAUCCUGGCACUGCGCCGACUGGGCCUCCGCAGGAAGCAGCUCCUCCUGCAGCGUGCCCAGGACCUGCUGAGCGCAGCCACCAAGGCGGGGGGCUCCCAGGCCCCUGGGGGCCACGUGCUCUUCGGGGAGAUCCAGGUGUCCACCUCCAUGGAUGUGCUCAUCACCCGCAUCUGCUGCUCCUGCCCCUGAGGGGGGCCGACCUCAGGUGGGGGACUGCAGGAGCUAGGGGGGUGGGGUCAGCUAGGAGCCCAGGAGGCACUCUCAGCCCGGAAGUCCAGUCAUGGAAUUUUCGUCCUCAGUUAUGCACGGCUGCUCAGCCAGAAGGAACGUCAAUGAUGGAGGCAUUUCGGGCAUUUGUGGGGGAGUGUUUGGGGCAGCAUAGGUUCCCUCCAACACUGUCCCACCAGGGAAGGCCUCCCUAAUUGUCCAGCACCACCCCCAGUCUGAAAGGGAAGAACAGAGUAUUUAUUUUAAAAGAAACAUGAAUUAAAAUCGUGCCUCCCUAAGGAGGGGCAAGGCCAAGCUGGCUGGGGGCCGUGCGCCAGGGGGCCCGCCUGGAAGAUUCUGCAGUGACUCUGCUCGGUAGGUGGCUCUUCCCUGCCGGUUGUAUCUGUGGAGAGACUGAGACAGGCUCGAAGCUGGGAAGGCCCACACCUGCAGCCACAGGGCAAAACAAGCUUUGACUCUGGUCCCUGGGUCCACUGGCCUAAUGUUCCAGGUGAGCCUCCCCCAGCAGGGGUGGGCACUGCUCUGUCCUGUUCUAAACAAGAAGCCAAGACUUGUUCUGCAGCUCCCGGUAUUUGGGUUAGAUGUGAGAGGGACUUCCCAGCAGUGAAAGUUGUGGGGUUACUGCCGGGCAAGUGUCACUCAUGGAGUGUGUAUUGAGAGCGGAUCCUGCAGGGCUCAGCUCUGGAGGCGGGGCUGCAAGGAGAUGCUGCCGUGUGCACCUGUACCCCCUCCCCCAGUCCUUCUCUCAUGGAAAGCGGGGACCAAAAUUUGGCUCCAGCCUCCUAGUGAGGCUUCUGGGAAACCCAUUUGCACUGGCAGUCUCAGGCUUGCCAGGGCGGCUGAGCUCUGGGAUGGGGAGGUUUACAGGGGGACACUGAGAGGCAGCAAUAUGUACCCUCCCCUGCAGCAGGCCCCCACUCUCUCUCUGUGCCUGCCUCUGACCAUGGUGGAAGUGGGGGCAGGUAACUCUAGGUGGGCCAAGUUGAGCCUCCCUAGGACAGGGCAAGGCUAUAGGGCCAGGCUGGUGGGUGACAUGUCUCUCCCAGCUCCCUAUGGGCCCACCUCCUUGUACAAUGGACACCUGGGGGCAGGGCUGAGGCAUGUGUGCCCCACUCCCUACACCAAGGCUGGAAGACAGAGCCAGGUCUGAGUCUUAUUGGGGUGCUCGGGGGAGUGGGGGCAGGUAUCAUGGCAGCCCCCUCUAUGGGACCAGAGGUGGGGCAGGCAGGGAGCUAAGGGACUGUCCUGACCUCUCUA